GGUGGCGGAGGAGCUAGAAUCCAUUGUAAAGACCUAACGGAUUCUUCUCGUAAUCCUUUCUUCACCUUCCGACUCGUAAACUUCCCUUCUCCGUCAAGAACCCGUCACCACGUUGUCUCUGCCGCCAAAAAACCUUCCGCACAGACCGGUCGGUUCGACAGCAAGAAGCGUCGGAGCCUCGUCCCCACUACGACGACCAAGGAUCAGCCGGAAGAAAACAACGGCGUUUACGACGGCGAGAAUCCGCCGUCUCAGAUCGAAAUCAGCUUGGAAGACGACGGUGGAGAUAGGACGGUUGUGAAU